AUGUCGUUGAAAAUUGGAGAUGAAUUUCCAAAUUUUAAAUUAAAGACAACAAUUGGUGAUAUUCAAUUAUAUGAUUGGCUUGGUGACAAAUGGGGAAUUUUAUUUUCACAUCCAGCUGAUUAUACACCUGUUUGUACAACUGAAUUAUCACGUGCUGCUAAAUUAGCACCAGAUUUUGCUAAAAGAAAUACAAAAUUAAUUGGUUUAUCAUGUGAUAGUGUUGAAAAUCAUCAGGGUUGGAUAAAAGAUCUUCAAGCUUAUGAUAAUAAAGAUAAAGGUUCAGGAGAAUUUCCAUUUCCAAUAAUUGAUGAUAAUGAUAGAAAAUUAGCAAAUCAACUUGGUAUGAUUGAUCCAGCUGAAUUUGAUAAAAAAGGUUUACCACUUACUGCUCGAGCUGUUUUUUUUAUUGGUCCUGAUAAAAAAGUAAAAGCAAGUCUUCUUUAUCCAGCAACAACUGGAAGAAAUUUUGAUGAAAUUCUUCGUUUACUUGAUUCACUUCAACUUUCAGCUAAAUUACCAAUUGCAACACCUGUCGAUUGGAAGGUUGGAGAAAAAGUAAUGGUUCCACCUAAUGUUAAAGAUGAAGAUGUUGCAAAACAUUUUCCACAAGGUGUUGAAGUUCGACGUGAUCUUCCAAGUGGAAAAGGUUAUAUUCGUAUGGCACAAGUUUAA